AUGUCCAGCGACUCAGACAUGGAUCGCGACUCCCUCCGCUGGCCGGCGCGCCUCUCACACCUCGCAUCAACCCGGAUGUACUUUCCCGAAGACAGCGCCUCCGCCCAAAUAAUCCACCGAUGCCUCGACACCAUCUCGUCGGUCCUCCAGCACGACCCGCGCCCUGGACUCGGCCAGGAAAUCGCAAAAUACAGACCCCCGCACAGACACUCUCUAUCCCUGACCUCCGGUCUCACAGCCGUGACGCCCGAGUCUGAGGUCGAGUCUCCCUUGCUACAUGUACCGGAUGAUGGUGAGCCGCGCGCCAAUCGAGAAAUGCAGUCGCAGCUCACGGCGCUGCUGCGUGAAGUCACUGCUUUGAAUAAGGAACUGGAUUCCCGGCGCAGAGAAGCAGGUGAGAUAUAUGAGUUGUUGGAGGGGAGAUGUCGCGGUUUGACGAGGACGAUUGCGGAGUUGGAGGGUGAGGUGGCUGAGUUACAAGCGGAUUUAGUAGAAGAUGCGGUGGAGUUAGAGGGUAUGCAGGGAACUGUGCAUGGGUUGCAGUGCUAUAUUGAUGCGCUAAGAGAAGAGCGGAGAGUGACUCGCGUACAGCGGCUGGAUCAUCGUGCGCGGCAGAAGGGGAGUAGACGGAAUGGGAGUCGGAAGGAAGAGGAACUGGGUGAUCCCGACGAUGGAUUGGUGCUCGAAGGGAUCGCGGCGUGGAUGCGAGGAUGGCGAGAUGUUGAGGAGGGAUUCCAGGUCCGGGCACGAGCACGACGACUGAAGCGAGAAUGGAGACAGGGGAGGUGGAGGGGAGGAGAGGGAAUAAGCUACAAGACAAGUAGUGUAGUGUAG